AUGGCAGAAGGGGUGCCCCCCAGUGUCUCAAAGGACUUGCGGGAGCUUCAGAAGAAGGUGUCUGUGAUGGUGGAGUCUGUUCAGAAUAACUCAAAGGUGAUUGGCUUUAUGAAGUCCCCGGUGGGCCAGUACUUGGACAAACAUCCUUUCCUGGUCCUCACCUUGCUGGUGUUCGUUGCCCUGUCGGCCGUUCCAGUUGGGUUCUUCGUGCUUCUCAUGGUGCUGACGUCCCUGGCUGCCAUUGUGGGAGUCAUACUGCUGGAAGGACUGGUCAUUUCUGUGGGUGGCUUUUCCCUGGUCUGCGUCCUCUGUGGCUUGGGCUUCGUGUCACUUGCCAUGUCGGGAACACUCACUAUGUCGUACAUGGUAUUCUCCAACCUUCUCGGUUCCUGGUUUUGUUCUAGAGCUCCGGCACCGCCAAAUCCUAAUGGUGACCCUCAACUGGCUAUGAAGUCCACCACCUUUGAGGGGCUGGAAUGA